AUGGUCCGGUUCCCCACCCUAGACCCGGCCGAUCCGGUUCCCUUCCCGGAUGAUCCGGUUCCCCAUCCGGAUGGUCCGGUUGAUCCGGUUCCCGACCCGGUACCCCACCCGGAUGGUCCGGCUGGUCCGACUCCCCGCACGGUCGAUUUGGCACCCCACCCGGACCACCCGGAUGAUCCGGUUUCCCCGUCCGGAUGGUCCGACCCGGUCGAUCCGGUUCCCGACCCGGGUGAUCCGGUUCCCCGUCCGGAUCACUACCCGUUUGGUCCGGUUUCCCACCCGGUUACCGGCAACCCGGUUGGUCCGGUUGGUCCGCUUCCCCACCCGGACCACCCGGGAUCAUCCGGUUCCCCGUCCGGAUGGUCCGGUUGA